CUUUGUCGCGAGAUAUUAUAUCUAUAUAAUUAAAUUUUACAGUCGUUAACCCUUUGAAGUUUAUAAAGUUUCCAAUACAUUUGUUACUAAAUUCAUUUUUAUAUGGGUGUUGGUUCUCUUUAUUAUCGACGAAUUCUACAUAUUUUUUCGUUCUUUUUAUAUUUAUAAUUACAAAAUUUUAUAUCACUAUUGUCUUUCUGUGCCGCAUGUUCAUGAUUAACGACAAUAUGGUUUACCCCAUACCCUAUACUUCCCUAGUAUAAUACAAUAGAACUGUCAAAGAAAUGUAAUGUUGCAUGAUAUAAAAUUGCAAUUUAAACAUUUGUUAGAGCACCGAUCUCUUUUAAGAAAAUGAUUAUCACAAUGCCAUGGAGAAAUUUCCACUGAAGGGCACUUCAUCUUUAAAUUCUCCUGUCUCUCACAUAAAUGCAAGUUCUAUCACGACAUAUCGUUCGGUUGAUGCAAAGGUCAUAAACAAUAGUAAUAGUAACAUAGAUGAGGCACGGUUGCAAGGUGGAAGUUUAGGUCGUGAAACGAAUUUAAGCAGUGACGAAGACAUGUUGGAUGUUAAUCAUCACUCUGCAUCCCAUGAUUUAGAUAAUAAUGUUUUAUCAGAACAUUGUAUUCGUGUUGAUGAUGUAUCUUCACUUUCAGUUGAUUCCGAUGAUAUACCUGGGAUUGGACAAUAUGAGGACUUCCAUACUAUUGAUUGGCAAAGAGAUAUUGCGCGAGAUCGAAUGCGACAUCGAUAUAUUAUUAAAAAGAAACAUGAUUCUAUUUGGGGUUUAAUCAAAGGGGCUCAUGAUGCUUGGUCUGGAUGGCUCUGCGUUUUAUUUGUUGGUCUUUUUACGGGAGUUGCUGCUGGUGUGAUAGAUAUUGGAGCAUCUUGGAUGACAGAUCUUAAAUUUGGAAUAUGUCCGCAAGCUUUUUGGUUAAAUAAAGAACAGUGCUGUUGGAGUUACAACGAAACAACUUUUGAUGGUGGGAAUUGCUCUCAGUGGUGGACAUGGCCGGAAGUAUUCAACCAAUCAAAGGAUGGUGCAGGGCCGUACACAAUAUCAUAUAUGUUUUAUAUAGCAUGGGCUCUUUUAUUUGCAUCACUUUCUGCAUCUUUGGUACGAAUGUUUGCACCGUAUGCUUGUGGCUCUGGUAUACCUGAGAUUAAAACGAUAUUAAGCGGUUUUAUUAUUAGAGGAUACUUAGGAAAGUGGACAUUAAUUAUUAAAUCUGUUGGUUUAAUUCUUUCGGUAUCGGCGGGUUUAAGUUUGGGUAAAGAAGGUCCAAUGGUACACAUUGCUUGCUGUAUAGGCAACAUAUUUUCAUAUCUAUUCCCAAAAUAUGGAAGGAAUGAAGCAAAAAAGAGGGAAAUUUUAUCGGCCGCUGCUGCAGCUGGUGUAUCAGUUGCUUUUGGUGCACCAAUUGGAGGUGUCUUAUUUAGUUUGGAAGAGGUCAGUUAUUACUUCCCUUUGAAGACAUUAUGGAGAUCCUUCUUCUGUGCAUUAAUAGCAGCUUUUGUUUUACGUUCUAUAAAUCCAUUUGGAAAUGAACACUCAGUACUAUUUUAUGUAGAAUAUAAUAAACCUUGGAUAUUCUUUGAAUUAAUACCCUUUGUUAUGCUUGGUAUAAUGGGAGGUAUAAUUGGUACAUUGUUUAUUAAAGCAAAUCUUUUUUGGUGUCGAUAUCGUAAAACUUCUAAAUUAGGUCAGUAUCCAGUUACAGAAGUUUUGAUCGUAACAGUAGUAACAGCUGUAAUUGGAUAUCCAAAUCCAUACACAAGAAUUAAUACAAGUCAACUUAUUUAUUUACUCUUCAGUCAAUGUGGGGUUUCUAAUGCAGAUAUUUUAUGUGAUUAUAAUAGAAAUUUCACAGCUGUAAAGUCUGCGAUUGAAAUUGCAGCAGCUGGUCCUGGAGUGUACAAAGCCAUAUGGCUACUUGUACUUGCACUUAUUUUAAAAUUAAUUAUGACCAUAUUUACAUUUGGUAUGAAAGUACCCUGUGGUUUAUUUAUACCUUCCCUUUGUUUGGGUGCUAUCAUGGGUCGAAUAGUUGGAAUAGGAAUGGAACAACUUGCUUAUUAUUAUCCUCAUAUUUGGAUGUUUAGUGAGGAGUGUUCUACAGGAGUUGAUUGCAUAACACCUGGAUUAUACGCAAUGGUAGGAGCUGCUGCUGUACUUGGUGGUGUUACCAGAAUGACUGUUUCUUUGGUUGUUAUCAUGUUUGAAUUAACUGGUGGUGUUCGAUAUAUCGUUCCGUUAAUGGCAGCUGCUAUGGCUAGUAAAUGGGUAGGCGAUGCUCUUGGAAAACAAGGCAUUUAUGAUGCCCAUAUUGGUCUUAAUGGAUAUCCAUUUUUGGAUAGCAAAGACGAAUUUCAGCAUACAACAUUAGCUGCUGAUGUUAUGCAACCUAAACGUAAUGAAGCUCUGCAUGUUCUUACUCAGGAUUCGAUGACAGUUGAAGAUGUAGAAACUUUACUCAAAGAUACUGAACAUAAUGGUUUUCCAGUUAUAGUUUCUAAAGAAUCUCAAUAUUUAGUUGGUUUUGUUUUACGACGAGAUCUUAAUCUUGCUAUAGCUAAUGCCAAACGCAUGAUAGAAGAAAUUACUGGUCAAUCUCUAGUUAUCUUCUCUAAUGGAAAUAAUAUUCAAGCACAUUCACCGCCUCCAUUAAAACUGAAAAAGAUAUUAGAUAUGGCACCGAUUACUAUUACAGAUCAGACUCCAAUGGAAACUGUAGUUGAUAUGUUCAGAAAAUUAGGAUUACGCCAAACCCUUGUCACUCAUAAUGGACGAUUAUUAGGGGUAAUCACGAAAAAAGAUGUCUUGAGACAUGUAAAACAACUUGAUAAUGAAGAUCCUAACUCUGUUUUGUUUAAUUAAAUUAUGGUUAUUAAUUAUUGAUAAAGAGAAUGAAUAUAAAGCUUGACAUAUACUAAUUUCAAGUUUGAAAGAAAAACACAAUAGAUCAUAAUAAACUAGUAUUUGUGAACAUGAUUCAACACCACUUAAAAUGUUCACGAGUUCGCGCAUUCUUUAUGAUCUUGAAGAUCCUGUAUAUGCGAAUUACUCGAAUGUUUGAAAGUGAUAUAGAUAAAUUUUUAUUCAUUUUGUUGGAAAAGACUAUGAUUUAGUUUCAAAUAAUGAUAAAUGAGAUCAUGUUAAUCAUUGAAGGUUUAUGUGGCAUUAUAAGCAUCACAGUAUACAAUAUAAGUAAUUCGAUAUUAUCCUUUAUUCCAUUUGUUAUAGAUGUGAUUGAUUAAAAUGUUUGGAAAUGUAAUAAGAAAUGUUGAAAUAAUAGUUUAUUUCAUUUUUUUAUAAGCAACAAAUAUUUACAUCACUAAUCAAUGAUAUGAAUUUUAAAUAUAUGUAAAUAUUACAAAAAUUAUGUUAUAACUACAUAUAUAUUACAUUGUAGACAAUGUGAUAAAUAUAAUUUAAAUUACACAUAA